GGAAGCCGAAUAUAGCACAGGUAUCAAGGAUAUGAAGAGCACGCACUUGUCAGACGAAAUCGUGUGUAAGGCGGGACUUUUCGAAACUUUCCCCCCUAAAUAUAUCCAUCCACCCACAAGUUUUUUUUUAACUCUUACCAAAACCCUAACCCCCAAUCCACUGCUUUAACCCCAAACACAUAACACUCUACUUACUUCUUUUUUUCUUUCUGUGGGGAGCCAAAACGUCUAUUUCGGGUAUUAUGGAGGAAACUAUUCAGAACAAGGUAAAGUUUGAUUCUUUAGAGGAAACGGAGGAUGAUAUUCAGGUAAAGUUUGAAACUUUGGAAGAAACUGUAGAAUCUAUGGAGGAAACUGUUGAGGUAAAGCUUGAAUCUUUGGAGGAUCUUAAAGUAGAAGAAGAAGAAGAAGAAGGGAUGGUUUUGACUGAGGUUGUUAAACCAAAAAAGAAAAGGGGGAGACCACCCAACAAAAAUAAGGGAAAACUAAAAUUGGAGGAAGACACAGGAAAAGAGACUUGUAUUAAGAAAAACACGAAUCUUGGUAGGAAAAAGAAUCAUGUUCAAAAAAAGAAUCAUGUCAAUGAAAAAGAAGACGAAAUUGAUAGUAUGAGAGAAGAGGAAAAAAAUGAUUUUGAUAGAGUCAGUGCUACUCAUAGGCCAGUGAGGUCGUCACGUAAAAAAGCUAUUGAGAAGAUAACUGAAUUUUCUCUGCAAAUGAAUGAAUGGGAUGAAGAAGAUCUUAGUGCUCAUAAGAAAAGAAGGGGUCAAGGCAGGAAGAGUGGCGUCAAAACAGAAGAAGGAAAUGCAGAUAGUGGUCAGAAAAUUGCAAGUAAAAAACGUGGAAUAAUGAGUUUGAAAGUGAAUGGUGGAGAUUCUAAUAGUAAAGAGGAGGAGGGUAAUGGGAGUAAAAAACAUAGGGCUGAGGAACAAGACAAAGUGGAAAGAUCAGAGUCUGCAAGGCAAAUCAAAGAUAAUGCAUCAAAUCCCCGUGCUAGAAAGAGGAAGGAUGAGAAUGGUAAUGAGAUUCUAUCAAAUAUGUGUCAUCAGUGCCAGAGGAAUGACAAAGGAAGGGUUGUUCGCUGCACCAGCUGUAAAACAAAGCGAUACUGCAUUCCUUGCAUAACCACAUGGUACCCUGGAAUGCCCGAGGAGGCUUUUGCAGAGUCUUGUCCUGUUUGUCGUCAAAACUGUAAUUGCAAAGCAUGCUUGCGUUUGGAUGGGCCAAUAAGGGCUUUGAAGGAUUCACAAUGUCAGAUUAGCGAAGAAGAAAAGUUUGAACAUUCAAAAUUCAUUUUGCAAAUACUUUUGCCUUUCUUGAGAAGAUUUAAUGCAGAGCAAGUGAUGGAGAAGGAGAUUGAAGCUAAGACUCGAGGGCCAUCAGUGUCAGAGUUAGUGCUGAAGAAGGCGAAGUGUCAGAAGAAUGAGCGGAUGUACUGUAACAACUGCAAAACAUCCAUUUUUGAUUUUCACAGGAACUGUUCUAGCUGUUCCUAUGAUCUAUGCCUUACUUGUUGCCGGGAGCUUAGAGAUGGUCACCUUAAGGGAGGCGAUGAAGAAGUCAUUGUGGAAUUCGUUGACAAGGGGGUUGAUUAUUUGCAUGGUGAUGUGAGGCCUGGUUCUUCAUCAGAUACCCGAACUUCAAGAAGGUCUAAAUCUUCCAAGAAGAUGGUUGAAAAUGAUUCGGUGGAUGAUGCCAGGCUUGCAUUUGAAAUGGAGCCUGGGGAUAAUGGAGGGCAUCUGCAAGAUAAUUCUGGUGGUCCUGCUGGUGAAUGGAAAUCCAAUGAAGAUGGUAGCAUCCCUUGUCCACCACAGAAGUUUGGUGGUUGUGGUAAGGGAAAUUUAGAUCUGAAGUGCCUGCUCAACAAGACAGAAGGUCUCUCUGAGUUGUUGGCAAGAGCUGAAGAUAUUGCCAAAAGAUUUGAAUUGGAAUACAUGCCUGAAAUUUCUCAGGGACCAUGCUGCUGUAGGAAUUCGGUAAAUGAAGAUGAUAUUCAGAAAAGCAAAAUGUGUAAAACAGUAUCUCGUGACGGGUGUGAUGACAACUAUUUAUACUGUCCAGCAGCUAAAGAUCUUCAGCAGGAGGAUUUGAAGCAUUUCCAAUGUCACUGGCUGAAAGGUGAGCCUGUGAUUGUCCGCAAUGUGCUUGAGACUGCGUCAGGGUUAAGCUGGGAGCCCAUGGUUAUGUGGCGAGCCUGUCGUCAGAUAAAGAACUUAAACCACCCUCUUCUUUUGGAUGUCGUUGCUAUCAAUUGCUUAGAUUGGUGUGAGGUAGAAGUUAACAUCCAUCAGUUUUUUAAGGGAUAUUUGGAAGGUCGAACUGAUAGUGCUGGUUGGCCCCAGAUUCUGAAGUUGAAAGAUUGGCCUCCAUCUGAUUUAUUCGAUGAGCGAUUACCUCGUCAUGGCGCUGAGUUUGUUAGAUGCUUGCCUUUUCAGGAGUACACAAAUCCACAAAAUGGAUUCCUAAAUCUUGCUGUCAAACUGCCACCCAAUUCGUUGAAGCCUGACAUGGGACCAAAGACAUAUAUUGCUUAUGGAGUUCGACAGGAGCUAGGGCGUGGAGACUCUGUGACUAAGCUGCAUUGUGAUAUGUCUGAUGCGGUGAAUGUGUUGACACAUACUCAAGCAAUAAACCUGACGCCUGAGCAGCUUUCAGUAAUGGAAAAAAUGAAAAAAAAACAUGCUGAACAAGAUAAAACUGAACUUCAGAUGGCUGAGGGCGAGAAAAAAUGCAAAAAUGAAGCAUCAUCUGAGUUGAUUGAUGACUACUGUGUGCACAGUGACAGAAGUAGCAGAAGAGAUGAAGAAAAAACUGAACAUUCUGAAGUUCAAAGCUUGAGUUUUGAACCAGAUUGUGGCAAUCCUUCAAUAAUUCCAUCUGCUUCUUGUGUCGAACCAGAGGGAGAUACUGAUGCUGAUUUGGUAAUAAAUGGUGCAAUCAAUUCUACUAGCUAUAGUGAAGCAAGUGGAGGAAUUAGAAUUGAUAAUGAUAAAAAUGACGAGUGCAAAGAUGACCCCGUGUUUGAAAAAAAUGAAGUAUCUGAGGAUAUGGAUGGCGGUGCACUGUGGGACAUCUUUAGAAGGCAAGAUGUUGCUAAGUUGGAGGAAUAUCUUUUGAAGCACUUCAAGGAAUUCAGACAUAUCUACUGUUGCCCGGUCCCACAGGUUAUUCACCCUAUACAUGAUCAAACAUUUUACUUGACUGAGGAUCACAAAAGGAAGCUUAAGGAAGAGUAUGGAGUUGAGCCAUGGACCUUUGUUCAAAAAUUGGGAGAUGCAGUUUUUAUACCUGCGGGUUGUCCUCAUCAAGUUAGAAACUUGAAGUCCUGUAUUAAGGUUGCUCUUGACUUUGUGUCUCCUGAAAAUCUUCAUGAGUGCAUCCGUCUGACUGAAGAGUUCCGCACUCUUCCCCAAAAUCACAGAGCCAAGGAAGACAAGUUGGAGGUUAAGAAAAUGAGCAUUUGUGCAGUGAGAGACGCGGUAGUUGAAUUGGAAAAACUUUCAAAGGAAUCAACUGGCAAUAAUGAGAAAAGAAGGCAUACAGUUAUGGAUGACGAUAGAGAACAUUCAGGAGAUGAUUAGAAUGGGAUUCACCAGGAUUUUGAAGAGACAAAGAUUCAGCAGAACAUUUCAGUAGCUCAAAGGAGGAUUUUGAAAUGAAUUGACAAAGGCUCUAAUUGUGAAGUCACUUUUUGGAUUUUGAAUGAAUAUAUAGGAUUAUCCAAGUUUUUGGCUGUAUUCUAUAUCAUUUUUUGUUCAGUUUCUGGGGCCAUUUCUGUGCAUCUUUUUGUCUAGCUGGUACAUGGAUGGUAACACAAAUAGUGUAAGCUUGAUGUUCACUGACUUAAUACCUCCUUCAAUGUAAUAUAUAAUGUCAUUCAUUACUCUUUUAGUAGCGUGCUCUUUGAAACGGGUUGA